AUGCAUAGGGGACACUGUUAUGGCGCUAAUGGGGGAGAUGCUGAAAAUCAUAUGAACUGCGGUGGCAGUUGUCGUAAUUCAUAUGUGAAAACAGCAAAUCCUUAUCAAAAUGGUUCGGGAUAUGCGGCUAGUUACGGUCACAAUAUGAACGAACUGGGGCAGCAACCGCACCAAACACAACAGCAACACCAACAUUCACAUCAUUCUCAUCCACAUCACCAUCAUAUGCAUCAUCAUCACCACCAGCAACAACAGCAGCAGCACCAACCCAUGGUACCGAAAGCUUUAGAUGUUGACGAUGAUACAGAUGAUGGCAUCAUCUAUAUGCCGGGACCAUCAUCAUCCAAAAAACAACCACACUAUUUUCCACCCUCACAACAUUCGAUCGACUUUGAGGAGCCUUCAUCGAUCAUUGAUGUCGAGGAACAAAUUGAACCUGAAUUGGAAGAGGACUACGAUGAAGACAUACCGCCUAUUGACCUGAGCAAACCGCCGAGUGUGGAGAGCUUUGUAAAUAAAAUUCGAACGGAAAAGGAAGUACAAAUUAAUGCCGAAGAUUUUCUCCCCAGUGAUAUAAAAUUCGAUGUGGAAAAACUGGUCUGAAAACACAAAAUGGAUGUAAUAUUGAAACAAAAAUCAUAAUAACGUAUAAAAAACAAGAUGUGGGGAAUAUAAACUAGAAACCUAGAUAGAUGCCAUUUCAAAUGGCUUACGUUUGAGGCCAAUUGUUAUCUUUUCAAAAUGAAAGGUGAACAAUUAUUAUUAAUGCAAUGGUAGUGGUUGAACCAAAUCUAACGGUAAAGCCCAAAAAAAAAAUUAUUAAAUUUUUUUAUAAUAACAUAAAUAUAAUGUUUAUUUUAGGAGGGAACCAAAGCAACGUUUCAGUGAGGCUAUCUAUAUCUUGUUAAACAUAAAUAAACAGAACUGAGAGAGUGAUAUAAUUCAUUUUAUUUUUACUCUAAUUAUAGUAGUUAGACUUUAAUAAUUGUUUAUGUGUGUAUUAUGUAACUAUUGUCGAACAUUUUUUGUCACCAACUGUAUGUAGAUUUAAAAGAAAGAAAAAACUGAAAUAGUAUUAUUAGUUAAUAGUAAUUGUUAUCUAUGCAUAUCAAAGAAUUUUAUUAAUUUGUUUAUAAAAGAGAAAUAUAUUAGAAAAAAAUUUAUCUAAAAAUUAUAUAAAAUAAUUAAGAUUUUGGUGUCUAUGAAAAUAACAUUUUGACCAUAGAAGAAAAAAUGUAACAGCAUAAGAGAGAGAUAGAGAGAGAGAGAGAGAGAAGAAAUAACAAGGGAAAGUAAUUAAAUCAUUAGUGGCUAAGUAGAGCCGGUUGAGAACUUUGAACUUUAUUAUUCCAAAGCUCAUGUUUUGGUUUUUAUAGCAUUUUUAGAAAUUUCCUCAAGCUGAUCUAGAACAUUUUAUAAAUACAACAGAAAUGAUAAAAGGGAACUUAAAAGACAUAAUAAUUUUGAGAAACUUUCGACAUUAAGAGACCAAAGAGUACUAAAGUAGUCAAAUAUGGCCUCAGAGUUUCUCCAUUAUUCAGGAUUUCCGCCAUAUUUUAGGCAUUGUAACAGCGCUAAGGCGUAUUUUUUUUUUAAACAUUGUAAUUGCAUCUGAAAGUCCAAUCUUUCGACAGAUAAUCUACAUUCUUUGUUUAAACCUAGUUUAAUAUAUGUUUUGUGUUUUUCAGUAAACAGUAACUUUACUUAUUAUCUUAGUUUAACUUAGGGUAAUUGGCCAA